GCCCCAAGCAUUGAUAUGUGAAGUCGCAUUGGGUACACCGGCCUCAAUCUGUGGUCUCAAGGUCGGUGAUUGUCUACUGAAGAUCAACGAUGUGGAUAUUGUUGGAUUGAAGAAUGAAGCUAUUGCACAAUUGGUUUACAGCCAAGCGGACAGCGUUACAAUUGUCUGCUGGAACAGCGGCCAUAAAAUUGACUGUGAUAAAAACAGCAUCUGCUGUGCCCCGCUGCCCGUCAGUUUGCGUCGUCUGGCCAACGCUGUGGACAACAUGCUGCGCGUCAUCGAGUGUCCUGUGUGUACUUCGACUAUAGCGCCACCAGCGCUGCAAUGCCAGAACGGACAUUUGCUUUGCCUGGACUGUCGUGUGCGUUCCGAAAAAUGUCCCAUUUGCCGUGGCUACUUCACGCCCAUACGCGCGGCAGCAGCUGAAGAAAUUUAUGCGAUUAUUGUCAAUGCGUUCGAAACUUGUCAAUCGGGCCAUAAAUUGCGUAACAGAAUUUUUGGCAAAAUGACUUUUGCAAAUGCUAUAACUUGUAGCCAGUGUGUGGUGCAUGAGGCGAAGCAGCCGUCAAAGCUGUUGCCAAAAUGCAAACUGUUUAGAGCGCAGCGACGCAGUUCGCUGGAGCGCAUGUGGCAGGCAAAACCUGCAACGCUGCUGCAAGUUGAGGCUGCAACAAAGAGCAAUUUUAUAUUACCCGAUGAUACUUAAGUUAAUUUAAUUUAAUUACAUUGCCCACCAAACACACAGUUAGGCUUAAAGUUAAUAAUAUUUAAAUACAU